CCAACAAUGCCGCCUGUGUGGUCCCUGCUUCUGCUCUGGGGCUUGGCGACUCCGUGCCAGGGGCUGCUUGAGACUGUGGGCACGCUCGCUCGGAUUGACAAGGACGAACUUGGCAAAGCCAUCCAGAACUCGCUGGUUGGGGGACCCAUUCUGCAAAAUGUGCUGGGGACAGUCACAUCUGUGAACCAGGGCCUCCUGGGCUCUAGAGGGCUGCUUGGAGGAGGUGGCCUGCUGAGCUACGGAGGGAUUUUUGGUGUUGUCCGGGAGCUCUCUGGGCUGAAGGUUGACGAACUCACCCUGCCAAAGACAUCACUGAAGUUGCUGCCAGGGUUCGGGGUGCAGUUGAGCCUGCACACCAAGGUGGGCCUGCAUGGCUCUGGUCCCCUGGGUGGCCUCCUGCAGCUGGCUGCAGAGGUAAAUGUAUCGUCCCGGGUGGCACUGGGCAUGAGCUCACGGGGUACGCCCAUCCUCGUCCUCAAGCGCUGCAGCACGCUCCUGGGUCACAUCAGCCUGCUUUCAGGGCUGCUGCCGGCACCACUCUUCGGGAUUGUGGAACAGAUGCUCUUCAAGGUGCUGCCAGAACUGCUGUGCCCUGUGGUGGACAGCGUGCUGGGCGUGGUGAAUGAGCUCUUGGGGGCUGUGCUGAGCUUGGUGCCCCUUGGGGCUCUUGGGUCUGUGGAAUUCUCUCUGGCCACCCUGCCUCUCAUCUCCAACCAGUACAUAGAGCUGGACAUCAACCCCAUCGUGAAGAGUGUAGCUGGUGACAUCAUUGACUUCCCCAAACACCCCGUCCCAGUCAAGGUACCCCCCAAGGAGGACCACACAUCCCAGGUGACAGUGCCACUGUACCUUUUCAACACUGUGUUUGGGCUCCUGCAGACCAGUGGUACCCUCGACAUUGACAUCACCCCUGAGCUGGUUCCCAGUAAUGUCCCACUGACAACUACACACCUGGCUGCUUUGAUCCCUGAGGCCCUGGGGAGGCUGCCACCAGGUCAGCACCUUUUGCUCCUUCUGCGGGUGAAGGAAGCCCCCGUAGUCACGCUCCAGAACAAGAAGGCCAUCGUCUCUAUCCCAGCCAACAUCCAUGUGCUACCCUAUGUCCCUCAAGGAACCCCUGAAGCCCUCUUUAAGCUGAGUGCGGUUGUGAUUCUAAGUGCCCAACUGGCUCCCUCGGCUACUAAGCUGCACAUCUCCCUGUCCCUGGAACGGCUCAGUGUCAAGCUGACCUCUUCCUUUUCCCACGCCUUUGACGCAUCCCAUUUAGAAGAGUGGCUCAGCGAUGCCAUCCGGGCAGCAUAUGUGCCGAAGCUCAAUGUGGCCUUGGAUGUUGGAAUUCCCCUGCCAAAGAUUCUCAAUGUCAACUUUGCCAAUUCGGUUCUGGAGAUCAUACAGAAUGCUGUUGUGCUGACUGUGGUAUCCUGA